AUGAGUUUCUUGAAAAUUAGAGCAGUGCGGCUUUGUUGUAAAGAGUGUUUCCAAGAAAACAGCCGAGAAGCAAAACAAAAACAGGAGCUUGGUGAUCUUCACUCGGAAGACAUUUCUGGUCCGAUAGACGACAGCCAUGAUGGGAAGACCGAAGAAGAAAACACGAAGCUGGAAAGGAAUGAUAAGAUAUUAAACGGAGAAAAUUUAUGGCGAAUGCCACGGCAAGAAAUUUUGCAAGCCAGUCACAAAUCCACGACGAACCUAUCAGCGGGUUUGAACUCAUUUCCCAAACUAAUACCAUUAAAUGGCGAGGAUCUUCCAAUGAGAGCUGAUAACAUGGAGAAUGGAACGUGGGUCGACGGAAAGCGUUCAAAUUCAGCUCCGGGAUUUUCGUACGCGCAAGCGAGAGUAAGGAAACACAAGAUUCGGCUUCCGAACAUUUCUGAUUGGCAAACCCCGUCAAUCCCAGGAAACCAAACAAUUAAAGGUAUGGUUGUCAAAGGAGAAAAGCUUCGAUCAGCUGGGGAAGUAUUUUCCUCUCCAGAUUCAAAGGUCAGCGACAAAAGUUCCCCAAACAACGAGUCAAAGUUUACUGGCAAAAAUUCAAAAAAUAUUUGCGCUGAGAAAUUAAGCAUCGCAAAGGGUGAAGGCAAAUCUGCCAAGAGUUGCCAUGGAGACACAGGUGAAGGUGCCUUUCCGUUCAUCCGGCGAACUGAUUUUCGCGUAAAAACCGCUUAUGCCAGCUCGAGUAGAAUGUUUAACAAAUAUUUAGAAUCAAGAUUUGGAAAAAGUGUUUAUCAAGCCAUCGACAGGAAGAUGUCUAAUGGCCAGGGCAAAAAAUAUCAUGUCUAUUGGGCACCAGUGUUGACUAACAGACAGAUGUUGUAUGAUCGUAAUGAGGAUGCCACGAAAAAUUCUCAAGAAAACCUCGGCGACGCACCCUUAACUAAAGAGAAACAUGUUCGGUUCUGA